AUUUGCCAUACAUCGACAUCCAACUGUGUCACCGAUCACUACUGUUGUAGACACUGUAAAUCGCUUCCGGUCGGAUUAUAUGUACGUGCAUACAAAGCAACGUCCAGUCGAAAUUUGAAGAUACAUCUUUAUCUCUCCUACUCUCACCAUGGCACCCAGUAGGACAGUUUUUGUCGCAAAUUUGGCUUUCGACGUAUCAGAAGAACAACUCGCCAAUGUAUUCUCAGAAGUCGGUCCUGUCCAAAGUGCCGAGAUCAAGUUCGAUAACCAGACUGGUCGACCGAAAGGGUAUGCUUUCGUGACUUUCUAUGACGAAGCCACAGCCAUUUCGGCCAUCCGUAAUCUCCGCGACACAAACGUCAACGGUCGUACCCUCCGUAUCGAGCUUUCCAACGACGAUCCCGCCUCCUCUCGUAGACGUAGAGACCAUGGUCCUCCCGCUCCUGUCAAUCGAGACUUGACGCCUCCAGUACAUGCACCAUACAGGGACGAACCAAAUAUCGAUCUUUACAAUUUACCUCAGGGCCAAGAAGUGUUGCCCGGGGAAAAAGCCACAGAUGUUAUCUCUAGGACUUUAGCCGCUGUCACUCCUGGACAGAUGCAGGAGGUCAUGGCUGGCGUCAAGACAUUGAUAACUUCCCAUCCGGAACAGGCGAGACAGUUGUUGGCUUCUCAGCCUCAGUUGGCAUAUGCGCUUUUUCAAGCUAUGCUUUUGAUGAAGAUUGUCGAUCCAUCCAUCCUUCAGCGAAUCUCCCCUCUACCACCCGCAGCUCCACCGACCAACUUUCCUCCCGUUUCUCAAGCGCCAACAAGCUUUCCUCCCUACCCUCCAACCCAAUCUGCCCCAACUUAUCCCGCAGUCCCUGCUCAAACCUAUGCUACAGCCCCAGCAACGGCCCAGACGUCUUAUCCCGCAGCAACGGCCCAGCCGUCAUACGGCUACCCCCCGGUUCAACAGCCUACUCAACCUGCUCAGCCGGCUCUGCCUGCGCAUCUUCAAACCGCUCUCGCUUCUUUGCCAGAGGACCAACGCGCAAUGUUGACACAGGUUUUACAAUUGACCCCGGAUCAGAUCAACCGGUUGGAUGCGGGACAAAAAGCUACAAUCAUGCAAUUGGUCAGUCUUUUUGUGGUACAAAGACAACAAUUCCUCGGUGCGGCAGCGUGA